CUAGAUCGUUUGUACGAUGUGGUCGAGUCCGUGGCGGAGGAAUCCUCCGAUCCACCCAGCCCCCCGAUCUACCAACCCUACAUUCCCGACGAGCUAGUUGAUGAUCCGGACAUACUCGCUGCCUUCGACUACGCCAAGGCCGAGUACAAAGCAGAACAGGAUCGUCGAGCUAACCUCUUCACUAUGGAGCAUCACUGCUAUAAAGCACCCUCCUGCCUGUUCAAGACCCAUCGCUUGCUUCCUAUUCUUGAACAAGCAAGGGAUGCAACACUUCUUGCUGCUAAAUCUGUGAUUUUGCUCUCAUCAUUUGUCAAGAGUGACCCGCUGAACAAGUGUUCUGGUUUAUGGUUUGAAAGGGACGAUCAUAGCAAAACCGCCCUUGUUUUGACAUCCGCUCAGCUCAUUCGUGAAAAGAAAGAACCAAAAAACCCAUUCGAGUGGAAGGUGCAGUGGACAGGCAAUUAUCAUCGUGAGGCUAAGGUCAUUGUUCACUUGCUGGACAACACAGCUGUGCCUGCCCGCCUCCUCUAUCUCCAAGAGCAUUAUGAAUUUGCUAUUUAUAAAGUUCAAGUGGACAAACCAGUUCAGUUGCCUACUUUUACCGAGUGUGUGCGUUCUGGUCAAGAUGUUUUCAGACUCGGGAGAGAUGAAAGUCUGAAUCUUAGUACCACUCAUGGUAUGGUGGCUUAUAAGAUUCCAUCCUGGUAUGAGAGAUGUCACUAUAUGUAUUUGUCUUGUGAUCCAUCUAGUCCCUCACUGCUUCGUGAUGAUGGAGGACCCAUCAUUGAUUUAGAAGGGAAAGUUGUGGGUCUAGUUAACAACCAUAUUAAGGAGACAUUCAUACCUUCGUUCUUAUUGCACAAGUGCUUGGAUUUUUGGAGAAGAUUCAAUUGUAUGCCUCGCCUCCAUCUUGGAAUGACGUUUACUUCAAUAAAACAUUUAGAUCCUAUCUGUAUUGAGAGAAUGACACGUAAGCAUAACAUCGAGUCCGGUCUUAUUGUUGAGCAGGUGUCUAAAGGAUCACAUGCUGAGAAAAUUGGAAUUCGUGAGGGUGAUGUUAUUGAAAGCUUUAAUGGAAAGUACAUUUCUACUACAAUUGAGUUGGAGCAGAUGUUGAUAGACAUAUGCUGGGAUCAUUUUGAUCAAGGAAAAGAGUUAUAUGCUGAAAGAGAUGUCUCCGUGAACAUAUUUGAUGCGAUCAAACAUCGCCGGAGAACUAGAAACUUGACUGCAAUUGUAUCGGAUCUUGGAGAAGACAUUGUGGAAGGCACUUACCCUAUCAUGGGAAAAGAAGCCAUGCCAGUCUCGUAAGUUUCUUGAGCUGGGCCUGAGAGAGGUGCUUGCCUGCUGCUGGCCUUCAUGGACGAGUCAUUG